UUUUAGUUUCAGCGGCGGCAUCGGCGCACGUGUGUGAUUUUCGUCGACAAGGACGAGUUGCGCGUUACCGGCGGAGCUCAUAAAUUCGGUAUCGUAUGCGUGCGGGUGGGCCGGUCGCACGAGAGACGAGUUCAGUUCGUUUUACCGUCGGGCACCGCGUGCGGUUUUUGCUCGGUCGUCGUCGUCGCAUUCGCUGUGCAGCGUUUUUCGUCUAGUCAUCUUUUCGAAAUUUUCUUUUACUACUCGGCUGAUAAUCACGUGUGAAUCCAAUAAACAUAAAAUAAAAUAGUAAAAUAAAUAGUACAAUAUAUUUUUUAAAAAAAUUUUUUUUUUUGAAACCCAUUGUGAAUUUCCGAGAAAUUGAGAGCAUUUAUCGGUUGUUUUCCUCUUGAUUUUGGAUUAAUUUCUUCCAGGACGAAAUCCGACAGUUUAUAUCGUUUAUUACAUCAUUUAAACGGAGUUUAGAAAGUUCCCUCACAAAACAUAACAAGUAAUAAGCCAAUAAGCGGUUACAUGUGUAAGUUGUCUCAAGAAAAAUAAACAUAAAAAUAUAUGGAAAAGUUAUGGAAAUAGACGUGUAACAGGAAAUUUCUGUCGACUCAUUUGGUGCCUAAACAAAGAUCAUUGUUGGAUAAUUAUCCAUGCUUAAUUUGUAUACAAAGCCGCUCAUUAUGUAGAAGUUUAACCCUCGUUAGGUUAGGCCAUCAUCAUCAUCUCUCGAGGUGUGCCCGAAAUAUUAUGGUGCCGAUGUGACGACGGCAAUGCGGCGAUGACGGCGACCACCAGCGUCACCUGAGUGGCCGGCCGGUUAUGCUCGGGUCGGCGUUCCCGGAUGUCGUUUAAAUGGACAGCGUCAACGCCACGGCCGCAGUGUACGAGCACAACGAGACAGUGGUGUCGUGGCCAAAGAACGCAACGACCGCCGCCGGGCCGUCAUCAACGUACACGGCGCUGGAAGCGUUCACCAUCGGCUCCGUGCUGUUCCUGGUCAUCGUGGUGACGAUCGUCGGCAACGUGCUCGUCUGCAUCGCCGUGUGUCUGGUCCGCAAGCUUCGGCGCCCGUGUAACUAUCUGCUCGUGUCUCUGGCCGUCUCCGACCUUUGCGUGGCGCUGCUCGUCAUGCCCAUGGCCCUGCUCUACCUGGUUCUUGGAAAAUGGCCGUUUGGCACGUUCAUGUGCGACCUUUGGGUGUCAUUCGACGUGCUGUCUUGCACCGCGUCCAUAUUGAACCUGUGCAUGAUCAGCGUGGACCGGUAUUACGCCAUCACCAAGCCGCUCGAGUACGGCGUGAAGCGGACGCCUCGCCGGAUGCUGGUAUGCGUGUCACUGGUAUGGCUGGGCGCAGCGUGCAUUAGUCUGCCGCCGGUGCUCAUACUGGGCAACGAGCAUUCGACGGUGGACGGGGUACCGCACUGUACCGUGUGCCAGAACUUCGGUUACCAGAUAUACGCGACCCUGGGGUCGUUUUACAUACCGCUGACCGUCAUGAUCACGGUGUACUACAAGAUCUUCCGGGCCGCCCGAAAGAUCGUGCUGGAGGAACGGCGGGCGCAGAGCCACCUGGAGAACAGCCACUGUUACCUGGAGAUCAGCGUCAAGAACGGCGUUGGCCCGGUCGAGUCGAAAAUCGCAGCCGCCGCCCCAGAACGCGGCCAACACGGUCACCGGGCCAGCAGCAGCGCUAGCACCGUCACCACGUGUAGUGGAACGAUAGGGAGCGGUGCACGCGGCGGCGACGGAUGCCGAUGCUGUUCGAUGGUACGCCGGUCGGUGGGCGAAUACCAGUGCCCGGUGUUGAUGGUAGUACCCAGCAAUGGCCACAACUCAGGACGUCCGGCGGCCGCGGCCACCAAGAAGCCCGAGUCCAAGAAGCUCAGGUUCCAGCUGGCCAAGGAGCGGAAGGCGUCCACCACGCUGGGUAUCAUUAUGAGCGCGUUCACUGUGUGCUGGUUACCGUUCUUCGUGCUGGCGCUGGUCAGGCCGUUCCUCAGCGACCCGUCCAGCAUACCCAGCUCGCUGAGCAGCCUGUUCCUAUGGUUGGGCUACGCCAACUCGCUACUGAACCCUGUAAUCUACGCGACGCUGAAUCGAGACUUCCGAAGGCCGUUCCAGCAAAUACUGUACUUCAAGUGCGGCUCGCUGAACCACAUGAUGAGGGAGGAGUUUUACCAUUCGCAGUACGGUGACCCAGAGCCACAGCACUCCACUCACUAUUGCGUGAUACCCGGAGAGCCCAACAUAGUGCCGCACCAUCCGUCCCCGACCAAGCCGGACGACACGCGGACCACCGAUUCCAACCAACAAACCCUGGCGUCCGAGUCGUUCCUGUAGUCGUGACUCGACAUUAUUAUCACGGGCGACCAUAACGUUUACGAUAUUCGUUCGGCUCGGUCGUGGUACGCCCAUAAAAAAGCGGUAGUCGCACCGUCGGGUAACGGCGAUAGUCGAUAAUAAUAAUUUACUGUACGAUAAUAAUAAUUAUAUGCUACGAGAUGAGAUUAUGUUUGCCGAUUUUAUUUCAUUAGGUAUGUCAUUUUCCAUUUUUGUUCACACCAAACGGGCUCCGAGUGAAAAAUAACAAUAACAUUUCAAACGAUUCCAAAUGUCAAAAACUUCAAAAAUGGUAGCACAUAUAUGUGUAUCGUUCAUUUUAAAAUAAUCAUUACACAUAAUUUAUAAAUAUUAUCUGAUUUUGUUUUUACAACCGCGAGAUACUCACUUAAUUCAAAUUCACGGUUUUAUAUCUGAUUGCAAAAUCGUCUCGGAGUUUGACAUGUAAAUUUUAACCGUAACUAUCUUAAAUUAUAUUAUUAUAUCAGAUACUUUUUUCGAUGUUUCAAUUAUUUUGUUGAUAACAGCGUGAUCAAAGAUGUUCAACAACGAGUAAUUAAUGUUAAAAAUGUAUGUAAUAUUAUCUAAUUGAUUUUAUGUAGUUUGUGUCUUCCGCUGUGAUCACUUAAGUAUAUAUUUAUCCAGACGCGUUACGCUUAUAUACGUAUGUGUACUCAGUACACAAUGUCUAGGUACUAAUUUAUUUUCUCUGAACUACUGUCAUAAAAUUGAAUACUUUCAAUCAAUUUUCAUCAUUUUUCUGUUCGUUAUUAUUUGUAUCUUCCAUUCAUUGUUGAACAACGCAUUCGGCACACAAUUUUAAACAACUCGUACUUAUUCGCAUACAAAAAACAAAAUUCAAAUAUUUUAUAAAAAUAUGUUUCCAAUAAUUGUAAGUACUUAAUAUAUUCAGUAUAAUAUGCACUUCAAUCAUACAAAUAAGAAAUUAAUUGCAUCAAAUUGCUCAUGGUUACACAUUUUUAUAAUAAUAAAAUAUCUAAAGUCACGAAUGCUAUUUGCAAUAUUGAAAUAAGUUAAGUUAACCAUUGAUCUUGAACUAUGUCUUAUUAUUUUUACAUAGUGAAAAUAUUUUGUUUAAAUUGACUGUACAUUUUUAUAUUCUUUGUUGAAAAUUAUAUUCACAACUAUCUAUUUUAAUGUACGAUAUAACUACGAAAUAACAGUUCUUUGUUAACUAUUGUCACCUACAAUAAAUAUAAAAUUAUAUUAAUAAACAGUUAAAUUAAAAAUUAUAUUUUGAUAACACAAAAACAUCAAGAUGAUUUAGUUACAUUGAAUUUGAGUUGAUUACAGAAUGAUAUUAAUACAUACAAUUAACAACAUAAUAACUAUUAUUGUCUGGCUAUUAAAGUAUUGAAACAUUUUUAGAUAGUAUAUAUUUUAGUCAAAGAAAAAUAUAAGUUUUUCUUCUUUGAAGUACCUAUAAAGUAUAAACACAUGAGUGGUUUCAAAUACAUAACUCUAUAAUGUAUUGAAUCGCAUUGGUCGUUCUUUAAAAGACGUAUUAAAGAAAUGUGAAUAAAAUAAAGUGAAUAGAUAUUUUAGUCAUAAAUAUAAUAAAUACUGCAGAUAAGAACUUCAAUUAUUGUACACCAAAACAGUAGUUCAGAAAAAAAAUAUUUACUCUUAGUAAAUAUGUUCUUAAAGUAUUUACAUUUUUAUAAUGAGCUUUAAGCUUGUAUAACAUUUAAUUUAAGCCGUAUACAUUUUGUUAAAUUUUGAUUUUAAUUAGUCAACGUUGAAAAAUUGUGAGAGUUGAAUUCUAUGUAAUUAUUGUGAUAGAAAGUGUAUUAUAUUAAUUUAUUAUUAAGUAAAAAUCAAUUGUAAAAUCAAAAAAAUAAUAAUAAUAUGCGAAAGUAUUAUAAUAUUUGAAAUGUGAAAAAAGAAUAAUAAUUAAUAAUAAUAAUACACGCGCAAACACACAUAAACACACAUUCAGAUUGUAUAAUACCAUAUAAUAUAAUACAUAACACGCCGAAUUUUUUGUUUGUUUAAAAUGUAUACAUAGUAAGUUUAUUUUGUUGUGUAUAAUACGCAUACAACCUUAAAAAUAUAUAUCUAUAUCGAUAAUUUCACGUUACCAUUUAAGUAUGUGCUCGGAUAUAAUAUUAUUAUUGAUGUUUGGUGAAAUUAUUAUUCAAGUCUUGUGUUCGAACAUUAUACCUUUUGUUGUUUAUGUAAUAAAGAGCGAGUGCAAUUGUGUUGAAAAUUAA